AUGGAUAACUCCAUAUUAGUUGUAGGGUUUCUAUUGGUGUGUUGUGUAAGUAUCUGUGGGAGUUCUAGGUAUGAGAGGCCAGAAGAUACAGAGGACGUUGUGAUUUUUGGAGAUGACACGGAUUGUCACAAACCUCUACGUUGUCCCAGGGAUCUUGUAUUUGCCAUUGAUAUAUCAUGUUUCGUCUCGAACCGAUCUAAGAAACUAAUCAGGAGCUUUGUCCGUGAAUUAACUGCCAGGCUGUACAUCGACCCCGGUGCUUAUGGCACCCGAGUCGGUUUCGUUGUGUAUAGUAAUAGUUACUAUCAUAGGAUGUAUUUCGAAGAGGCAACUGAUAAUUUUGAGUUGCGGAACGUCAUACGCUACAUGGAGCUAAACCAGCCGGACCUUUGUUUCCGUCGAACAGAUCUUGUAUUGAAUUCUAUCCGUCAUCGAUAUUUUAACAUUGAACAAGGGGACAGGGUAGGGAAUGAGUUUGCGAAUACAAUCAUUUUGAUCACCAGUGGAGCCACAUGGCCUUCAGCUUACUCACGACAGGCGAUCAUCGAAGCUGAGGAACUGAAAAAGAUUGGAGCUGAAAUUUUAGUCCUCGGAUUUUUAGAACCUGAUACCAAUACAACUGCCUCACCAACAACUGCAGCACCUACGAAUGAUACCACUAAUUACACAUCCCCACCUACUACCUCAGCCUAUCCCACAACAACAGAGGUUUUCCGAACAGAGGAGCAGAUCAGGGCUAUGGAUGAAUGGGAACAACUAGCAAGCAAUCCCUUUAGUAAAUAUAGAUUCUUUGUAGAGGACUUGGAGAAAUAUGUUACACUUGUUAAUCCAGUCAUGAAAGUUAUGUGUGACACUUACAAGUCGUGUACAUCUGACAAAAUCCCAUGUGCUCCGGAACGGUUGUGUUGUGGAUGUGAUUAUAUGUUUGUGGAGCCGGGAUUAGAUCGGACAAUGAUGUGGCCAUUCUUAGCUGUAUUGAUGGGUAAAUGUUUGGACGAGGGCUGUAUUCGGAACCCGGGAAGUAACUGCAAAGUUACCCGUGAGCCCCCUAUUCCGCCGUGCUUAUCUUCAGCCCUACUAGACCAUGCGCUGGUUGAAUUAACAAAUGUUCAAAUAGUGCAAGGCUACAGCUAUGUAGGAAUAGCUUAUAGGUUCUUUGAGACAGAUCUAGAACUAGAUGGGUUCUAUGGAAUGUUCCAAGCUGCCGCUAAUUACAAGUCUCAAAACUUUGCAAAGUUAACUGAGUUCCAGAUUAAGAGAGGUGUCUCGGCAACAUUCCUCAAUUUAAGGCUACCACAUGACUUACGCAUCCAUAAUGGCAUUGAAGCCUUGUAUAUAGCCAUGGAUAUUGAGAAGUCGCUAUACGAAAACAUUGAAGAAGUAAUCGAUCUAUCAAAUAGAAAUAAGGACGCCCAGCUAGCAACAUUUAUGAAAACUACCAUGCUUCCGGGUGCAAUCAAAGCUACCAAAGAAAUAGGAGAAUAUAUUGCGCAAUAUCACUUACUUGGACCUGAUAUUGGACAAUACAUCCUUAACAGGAUUCUUAGGGAGAACUAUCCCGUUACGAAAAUGACUUUAUUUGGAACACCUAAACCAAUUAAAUCACCCCUUAUAACAAAAUAUAAUGAUCAUAAAUCAGAAUUAUGAUUUACUAACUUAAGGCGUUGUUGAAACAUUGGCAAUGUGUUAUCUCUGACGAUUUUUUUAAAUGUAGACACUAUUAUAUAUUAAUUAUUCAAAUAUGCCACGGGAAAGCAUUAUAUUACGCAGUAGCACGGUGCCUGUAUGAACGAUUGUUGAGGACCAAAUGUUAUUGACUACGUAUACCCAACUAUUCCGACUCUAGCCGAAGUAUUCCAUCCAGACCCAAGUGUUCCGAGUUUACUUAUUUUUUUUAAAAACAUUCGAUAGAUGUCUUCUUUGUUUUUUUUAUCAUUUUGUCGUUGGAUUCAUUUUAUUCGAAAGAUGGCCGUUCCCCAUGCUCACUCCGGUUAA